AUCGUCAUGGACAUGCGCAGUAGGAGCCCCCAGUCCUUUAAACGUACCUCUGUACGUGCAAAGAUGGCAGCUCAAGUGGACUUGCUCCGUGCAAAAGUAAAUAAUGAAAUAAUGAGGGACAGCUUUGAGAGAUUCAUUAAAGAGAAGAAAAAGAAGAAGAAAAGAGACCGGUCUCCGUCUGCCGACAAACGCGGGAGAUGUGAGAAAGAAGCGAAGAAAGUAAAGCUGCAUCACCACCACCACCACGCUGAGCACCGGAGCCACCAACCGCAUCAGCUGCAGCAGAACCCAAAAUCCCACAACUUCGGCGCUGAUAAGCAGGUCCUACACAUCCAUCACCACCAGCACAACCACAGCCUCACCAAUGGCACCAAGCAGAGUCUGCAGCCGCCUUUCCCUCCGCAGAAGCAGCUGCAGAAGAAGGGGGCGGCGGCGCCCUCUCAGCCACCUGCGCUCUUCACGUUCACGCCCCUCAAAGUGGUCAAGGCCAAGCCGCAGGAAUUCAAAGACAAGCACCGGGAUAGAGAUGUAAAGCUGAAGAAGGAAAACUCAGAGGCGAAUGUGAAACAUGCAGAACUGAAGAAAAAGAAGGAGCCCAGACCCCAUAAUGAGAAUGGCAAGUCUCUAACACUGGAGGAGUAUCUUUUGAAAAAGAAAAAGAAGAAAAGGAAGCAUCAUGAGGAUGAUCACAGUGGCAAAAAGGCCCGACACAUGCAUAACAAAGCAGUUCAGACUGUAUGUGCAGGGCUCGGAGCAGACCUUACGGUGCCUCUCGGCCCUGAUGAAUCUCUUACUGGAAACGUAAAGAAGGAAAACAAUCGCCAUCCCAGCAGAGAUGCUGUGGACAACCACCCACCCUAUGUUCAUGCUCUCAAAGUAGGCCACGUCCCCUUUCUCUCCCAUCAAGAGCACUCCAUCCGCAGCUCCUGUCUCCAGACAGGCAGGUAUGGAUGCUUCAUACAUGAGGAAAAGCAAGUCAAUGGCGGGGGAUUGGUUCUGCACGCCUACGCGGAUGAGUUGGCCUGUCUCAGUCCGGCUGAGAUGGAGUGCUUUGCUCAGGAGUUCCUGGAGUUGGCUUUUGCUGAGAAGCCUAGAGGUGCAGCUGUCUAUGCCUUGGCAGUGGUGCACAGGGCAGCUGCAUACCUGCCCGACUUCCUGGACUACUUUGCCUUCAACUUCCCCAACACACCAGUCAAAGUGGAGAUUCUGGGCAAGAAAGACAUUGAGACCACCACGAUUGGAAGCUUUCACUCUCAGGUGAGUCGGACUUACUGUUCGGGAACGUACCGAGCUGGACCCAUGAGACAGAUCAGCUUGGUGGGAGCCGUGGACGAGGAAGUUGGAGACUAUUUCCCAGAGUUCCUGGAUAUGCUGGAAGAGUCUCCAUUUCUCAAGAUGACGUUGCCAUGGGGAAGCCUCUCCAGUCUGAAGCUCGACUGUCGCUCUCAGAGUGAUGAUGGGCCCAUCAUGUGGGUGCGACCAGGAGAACAAAUGGUCCCGACUGCUGACAUGCCCAAGUCUCCCUUCAAACGCCGCAGGUCCAUGAACGAGAUAAAAAAUCUGCACUAUCUCCCAAGGGCCAGUGAGCCCAGAGAGGUUCUGUUUGAGGACCGGACUAAAGCCCAUGCUGACCACGUAGGCCAAAGCUUUGACUGGCAGAGCACUGCUGCGGUGGGUGUACUGAAGGCAGUGCACUUUGGAGAAUGGGAUCUCCGGCCUCGGAUUACCAAAGACGUAGUGUGUUUCGAUGCUGGGGACUUCAGUGAUGUGGUCCAAAGGCUGCAGCUGGAUCUGUAUGAGCCUCCAGUUUCACAAUGUGUCCAGUGGGUGGAUGAUGCCAAACUUAACCAGCUGAGGAGGGAAGGCAUUCGCUAUAUACGUGCACAGCUCUGUGAUGACGACAUCUACUUCAUCCCAAGAAACGUCAUCCACCAGUUCAAGACGGUGUCUGCAGUCUGCAGCCUGGCCUGGCACAUCCGCCUCAAACGGUACCACUCAGACGACAUGGACACCAAGGAGGAGCAGCAGCCCAACGAUCUCAGCCCCACCUCAGGUCGAGUCUCCUUUUCCUCCCCUGCCAGACCCAAUCCCACCUUAACCCCUUGUGCAAAACCACAGGGAGACAACAUCCAAGGCGGGGUGGCAAAAACUGAAGAACCAGAGUUCCAGAAGCCAGCAACGCCUUCCAAGGAGACACAACCAGCCCCGCCACAGCCCACCAAAUCUGCUCACGUCCCCCCACCAUACCGGGAUCCAAACCUUUUUUUAGCCUCAGUCCACUCUGGGUGUACACCUUCAAAGGAGCCCUCUCUGCCAAAGGCUCACGGCCACACUGCAGAAAUCCCCAAAUAACCUUCUUUUCCUGUACAGACCCACUUUCUGUCCAUGGUGGCAGAAAGUUUGUUUAAAAAAAAAAAAUCAGACUUAAACUGACAUCUGAGUCAAUCAGGAAACUUUUCAACUUAAAUUAUUCACAUUUUUUUCUAUCUCAGUACAAAUGAAAAUGGAUGAAAAUGUUCUCAGAUGUUUUUUUUCCACGUCAAGAAGAUUGUUUAAUGAGACUAAUAUAUAUUUUGUUAUUUUAUAUUGGUUACACCUAAACUGGGAUUCCUCAGUUUUUAUUUAAAAGGUGUGAACAAUGUUUAAAAAGAAGUUAUUUUUAGACUAGUAUUACAAUGAAGGUUGAGUUGUUUUUUGUUGUUGUUUUUUUUGACAAAUGAAUUAGUAGAGGAGAUGAAGUCAUCAAUGGAAGUAGAUGGUGUCUUAACAUGAUUUCUUUUGAAGCAUGAUCCUGACAUACUGCAUUGUUUCACUGACAGAAGCAUGUAGACUGACAUUACCUGAGGAUGUUUUUUUUUUAUUUGAUUGGGAAAAAUUGUUGUCUGCAAAGAGCCAUCAGGCCUUUGCUGUGUGAAUCAAAAGAUUUGCACAUAUUAAAUGUGAACAUAUUUAUUCAUAAUAAGUCUACAAGUGUGGUGAAGAUUUUUUUUAUAUUUAGUGUACAGAGGAAUAUGUUCCCUCUAAACCAGGGGUCCCCAGGUCUAGUUCUUGAGAGCUACUAUCCUGCAACUUUUAGAUGUGUCCCUUCUCCAACACACCUGAAUCAAAUUAAAGGUUCGAUAGCAGGCCUCUCUAGAGCUGAGUGACAUGGGGACGAGGGAUUUCAGCCGUUUGAUUUAGGUGUGUUGGAAAAGGGAUUCAUAUAAAAGUUGCGGGAUAUCUCUCCGGGACUGGACUUUGGCACCCCUGCUUUGGUCGAAGCAACGUAUGUCAUCCUAAUUAAACUUUAGGCUCUAAACAUUUUUCCAAUUAUUUAAUUACACACAUAUUUAAAUACAAAUCUAUACUGGAGCCUUUUUUAUACCAUUUUUUAUAUUUAUUUUAAAGACUGAGCUUAACAUGACCGCUUUUUUAAUUUAUCUGAAACCUUUCUAAAAGGGAUUUUUGUGUUUUUAUAGUGGGGUUGUGUUAGGUACAUCCAGUGUGGGGAAGCUAAGCUAGCAGCUACUUUAGAUCAGUGACAGGAGAAGAGCCUAUUUUCGUUGUUUAAAACAACUCAAACGUCAUGAAUUUACCCUGGUUCAAGCUAAGGCUGGAUUUUUACACCUGAUAACCUCAGCUACAAAUAGUCGCUUUCUUCAGAAUAGUGUUUUCCUAAACAUAAAAAGCUCAUAUUGCGUGGGUAGCGCGCAGCCACUGUAGAUUAGAAAUGUUUGACCGGUGGCUGCGUAGUACCCGCGCAACAAUGACUUUCUUUGGUUAAGAAAAUAUAGUCCCAAUGUAAACGCCGUCUAAUAAAAAUAGAGACAGCAUAAAAGAAAAUUUAAACAUAUUUGUUUGAGCCGCUAAGUGUAUUCAGUUUGAGUUGUUUUAAAUGGCUGCUCGCCGCCUUGCCGCUUUACAAGGUAAUUCUUUGUAGUGAACACAAAGAGCCGACUCCCAUCACGGAGAGCCGACUCUUUAGAAAGGACGGGACAUUUUUUGAUUGGCACGUCAUGCUGCCAAUCACAUGCGAGGAAUGACUAGGCUUAUCUUAUAACCGGACUUGUUAUGGUUCUAUUUUCAGAUGUUAAUUUAAAGGUUUGAUUAAAAUUAAAAAAGUAACUGCAUUAAAACAAAACAAAAAUAAAAUAUGGCUUUUAUAUAUAAAAAAAAUCAACAAAUGUGUUUACUAACAUACAAUUUGUCUGAAAUAGAAGCUGACAGUAAAUAAGUGUGACUAAAUGAAGAUACAUUUAGGAGAGAAGUUGGCUCUUCACUACUGUCAACAACCCUACUUAAAAAACAAAACUAAUCUAUUACACUUAGCAGAAAUGGCCUCAAUCUUUCUCAUAUCUGAAGGAUGUAUUCAGUUUGCUUUGUAAAUAUUACAGUACAUUGUUGUUAUAGCUGGAAAUAUGUGAAUGUUAUUCAUUCUUUGAUACCAUUACAACGUUUAGUUUUAGCAGGUAACUGUUGGAUACAUUAGAUUGUUGAGGACACCAUUGUAGAGCGUUACUGUGGUUGUGUUUGGCAAACGGAAAAAGCCUGAUAUUUUGACACAUAGGGGAUAAAUGUACAAAAUGAGGUCUCUCAAAACAUCCUUGGGUAAAGAAAGUUUUUCUUUUCUUUUCAGACUGAGAGUUAGAAUUAAUCUGAAACUCGAAGGCCUUUAUUUUGCCAUCCUCUGUAAAGGAAGUGAUGCAAUGCAUCCUUUGCUUCAAGACCGGCUGCAUCUUAGUGCCUUGUGCUGAUGAAAGUUGAGAGGUUUUGUUUGGUGACUGAAAAAGGGACUGGCCACAUUUUCAUGCCACGUUAAAGCAAAUGAUUCCUGCAUCAUGUAGUAAGAUUUAAAUAUAUUCAGAGUGGAUUUUCACUGGUUUUCCAUGUGGUCUUAAGUUGUGUUGUCAUUGUAGACAUGUCAGAAUGCUAUCAUAGCCACCUUUUUUUGUGGUAUUAUGUUAUGAUGCUCUGUAUCCCAAAACCAAUGAUCACAUUUGUUACUGUUCAUACUACGACAUCAUCAGUGGUUUCUGUUAAGUUAUUAGGCUGAUAAGUUACAGACAGAAUAAAUCUGCUACCAGAGUGAUUCAGUCUUGUUAAAACAAUAAAAAAAGGACAAUGCA